GGGAAGCUGGACAAGUUGGCGACGGCUGAGUCUCCUCUACCGUACAAUAGACUAUUUUUGAUAGUGCACUAUCGUCAGUGACGGUGCUAAAAAUACCCACCAUAAUAUACUGUCCAGACGACUUGCUUACGGUCCGUAUAACGACGGACUAAAGUAGGAUAAUAGAGGAUUGUCUGGGGAGCAGUGGUCAGUGCUGUCGGCAGGGGUCUACCCGUACCCAGCCGCCCCACCGCGCCAACACGUAACCCUGUCCAACAUAGAGCUGUCAUCGCUCGGCACGCGUCACCUGAGACUGAGCUUUGGAAUGCGCGCUAGCCUUCUAUCCGCCCGACACGCACCAUCGUCACUGCCUGUCAAAUUAAUCAAGUGGGCCCCGGUAUUUAAUCAGCAAAACUCGCACUUAUAAGAACUUGGAAGGCCUCGACAAGAUCGCAGAGGUAUUGUGCGAAAGGCUGCUACUACGGGCACACUGGACUGGGAGUUGGUGUUCUGCCUAGGCUGUUUCCAGUACCCAAUAUUGUUACAACGAUGCCUUCCGUGUUGCUAGCGGUGUGUAAGGCUACACUUAUCGCGGUGUGUUGUCCAUGGUUUGCUGCACAAAUUCUGGCGUCUGCUGCUACAGUUUUACCGAUAAACGAUGUGGUGAAGUUCGGCGGCGGUGCCGCGGGGUCGGACAGCUCGGCAGAGGAGUUGAGUUGCCCGAGCUGCAGAAUGCAGGCAGACUAUCUGAAGUCCGCGGACCCGGACGAAGUCAAACGGCUUCGCCUAGAAGUCAUCAAACAGCAAAUUCUGAGCAAAUUGCGGAUGUCGGACCGUCCUAACAUCACCGUGCCGCGAACGGCCAUCCCCAGGCCGCUAGCAGACGACAGCCCGCCCGACGUCUACCUGCAGCCGCAGGUAGAGACAAACCUCAACAUCGACGACUUCUACGGACGGACGACUCAGAUCAUCAUAUUUCCCGAAGCAGGUGAGAGAAACUGCCACAGGAAGCGCGCCAAACACUGUUUUACGUUCGUCCUCCCCGCCGGCUCGCAGCACGGCACCGUGGCGUCCGCACAGCUCUGGUUCCACCUGCUGGUGUCCAACCCGCCGCCCGCCAACGUCACUCUCCACUUCUGGCCGCUCUUCAAGUCGUCUCAGGAGGACCAGCGGUCCCGGCGGACGGUGCUGUUCUCACCCCAGAGGACAGCUCGCCAGGGCUGGGCUGAUGUGGACGUGCGUCAUCACUUCCGGAAAUGGAUGAGCGACGCCACGUUUUACGGUAUUGACGUAGAGCUCGUGUGUAAGCAUUGCCCGAAACGGGUCCACGAUUUGAUUCGUACCACGGGAGACCACCGGCCGUUCCUUGUCCUUGACACGGGCGAGCCUCCCGUGCGUAACCGCCGGAGCGUCGACUGUCCCGACGGCAGGAGCAACGAGUGUUGUCGUGAGAAGUUCUACGUCGACUUCAAGGAUAUCGCCUGGGACGACUGGAUCAUCUCUCCGAAGGGGUACUAUGCUAACUUCUGUACGGGGUCAUGUCAGGGCACCAUCCUGCCGCGCUACCACCACACCUCCGUGCUCCAGCGGGUCGCCCUCAGCCAGAAAGACAGAGAAACCAGACUAAAACUCACGCCCUGCUGUACGCCCACCAAGAUGUCCGCCCUCUCCAUGUUGUACUUCGACAACGACGGCUACAUCUUCAACAAAAACCUGCCCAACAUGAAAGUAGACGCGUGUGGUUGUUCGUGAAAUAACGAACAGGUGGUCAGACAGAAUCCCAGUACUAAUCAUGUACAUGUAUCGCGCAAUAUCGUUUCAAUGUGGAGACAGAGGUGGCACCACUAGGAAAGACCUAGAACGUUGCCAGUGCCUGACUUUGAGCGGUUCCAAGUUGUAUAUAUUGAGAAACGUGGGAAACAACAAUUUUGAAUGCAAUGACUCUGUCAAACAGGAAUGGAAAGAUGACAAAUGAUCUUGUAAGUAGCGUAUAUAAGGACCACCCUUUAAAUAUCAACACCACCAAUAAUGUGAUGCUUGCUCAAAUGUUGGGAGUAGAAUUCAGCUGUGUUUAAGUUUGUUUCUUGUUUGGGUGGCCCUUUGUGUCAUUAUAAAGGUCCAAAGAAAGGAGACCAAAUGCAAAGCAAAGACACAAAAGUGCAUCAAAAUAAAGACAGGGACUUAGCAUUAGUGAAAAGCAGGAAUGCCAGGUGCCUGGGAUAGAAACGUGCACCAAAAAAAAAGAUGUUUAGCAUGGUCAUGUCGUCCGCAACGCAGCAUUUUAAAUCGUUUCAACGAAACAAUGCAAAUCACAAGAUUCGAAAGACGCGAGUGCUGGUGUUCCAGACAAAACCGGACCUGUGAUGGUAGUGAGAAGUUAGGUCUAAAUAGAGGUCACUUGGAACGCACAGACAAUGAUCCUGAGAAAGGAACUACGUACACGUCUAGUCUCUAAGGUCCCAGUCACAUACGCCGUACCAUUGUCGUACGAUCGGAAACUAAGGGCUUUUUUGGGUUGUGCAUGUGUUCUGCAAAAUUCAAAUCCAAGUGUAUUGUUACACAAAGCCUGUAUCAGAUUCUAACUGGUGGUCGGUUCUCUCACAGCCUGUCUGAAAACUCUACGACGUAAAAAAAUCGUUCGACGACAUACGAUUAAUGUGACUGCGCUAAAGAGUACACGAGCCAAUGAGCUGAAAGUAGAGUUAGAGGAAAAUCAAUAUCAAGCUACAUUUUUAAACCAUGUACGCGUCUUUAACCCACCAAGAUGGCGGAAUUGGCUAAGAUGACUAAAUUACGCCAUGAUUACGCGUCAGCACUUAAUAUAUAUAUAUCCUUUAUGCAGAUGAACUCAUAGGUUCUGUAGGUAUCUAUAGAAGGUUAGCAACAAGCGUGAAUUGAUUGAAACCUUUUUGCAUUACGUAGUCUACAUAAAAGACAGAAACGGGGAAAGUACAGCUCUAAAUUUCUCUUUAUAAAAAAAAUGUUUUUUUUCGUAUUGGGUCAGUCAACGAAAAAAAGGAAAAGAAAACUUGUAUCUGGUAUAACUGACCCAAUGGGGUGGCGAAAGGAAAUGAAGAAAUUCCAAUCGUCUUCUAAGCAGCAUGUUUCCGCGAAAGUAAUUAUGGCGAGGAGUCAAGAAUGUAGAUGGGUCACGUUCGGAAAGGACCUAGUUUUACCUUAGAAGCUCCUUGGCACGGCUACUUGCAGUGGUCUCCAGAUUGAGGUCAGAAAGGUCUUUCAUCAAUUUGCCUGGCGAAGUGCCCAACUCGCCGUGCAUUGUUUGGGGCAAGCGUUUUAAACAUAGCGUCCAAAAUCUGCUAUGGUCGUAGAUCAUUGGGGUAUCUUGUUGCCGAGGCCUUCAACCCUCCUCUCCUGUCAACGUAAUGAUAAAAAGGAAGUCUUAUGUUUUGAAAAAGCUAUUUAAAGCAUUGGUGUAUGUAUAUAACAAGUCAGCGUUGUUCAGUAUGAUUUAUUUCCUCACAACCUUCAGUUACAACAGGCGUCGCACAGUGUCACAACAGUACUGUAUUUUAUUGGAUUUUCUCAAAGAUUGAUUUGUAUGCUGUAAAACAGCAUUAAUCAAGCAUUUUUUUAUAAUAACGCCAUCUGUACCAAGGCAAGGACGAUGUGCCCUAAGACGGAAAUGAAAGCUCGAGAACUUGGCGCCUGUCGUCUUGAGAUAAAGCUUAUUUUAAACAUGUGGUCCGCACGUGCAAGUUGAAAAGGUCAGAAGAUAGUGUGAGGGGUGAGGAGUUAUAGCUGGAAGCGUUUUCCAUCUGUUAUGGUGAAACUGAACAGGAUUGACAUAAAGGCCAAGUAUUUGUAAAGAUAAAUCAAGGCACAGGCCUGUUCGAAAUGGUCAAGUCCAUGGCUAAGCUAGAUUAGUUAUGUGUUAGGCUGAGAGAAUAUGUUAGGGAUAGUUGGUGAAGUUGUUACAAGUGUUUGGAAACCAAAAAAAAAAAA